AUUGUUCACAACAGUGUGCAAAAGUUUUUUGAGCAGCUAAAGAGUGUGCAAAUUGCUAAAAGUUAAAACCCUUCAAAAUGCGUCUGGGCCAGACUGUUCCGAAUUUCAAAGCUGAGACCACAAAGGGUCCAAUCAGCUUCCACGAAUGGCAAGGCAACGACUGGGUUGUGCUGUUCUCACACCCUGCCGAUUUUACGCCCGUGUGCACCACGGAACUGGGCCGUAUAGCUGUACAUCAGCCGGAGUUUGCGAAGCGGAAUGCCAAGUGCCUGGCGCACUCGGUGGAUGCUUUGAACUCGCAUGUGGAUUGGGUGAAUGACAUUAAAUCCUACUGCUUGGAUAUUCCCGGCGAUUUUCCGUAUCCCAUCAUUGCCGAUCCCACACGCGACUUGGCCGUAUCACUAGGCAUGCUGGACGAGGAUCAGAAGAAGGACCCCGAGAUAGCCAAAACAAUUCGUGCUCUGUUCAUCAUUAGUCCCGAUCACAAGGUGCGCCUCUCCAUGUUCUAUCCAAUGUCAACUGGUCGCAAUGUAGAUGAAAUCUUGCGUACACUCGACUCCCUGCAGUUAACCGAUCGCCUCAAAGUGGUUGCUACACCUGCAAACUGGACUCCUGGCACAAAGGUGAUGAUUGUACCCUCGGUUACAGACGAGGAGGCGCACAAACUAUUCCCAAAGGGCUUCGAUAAGGUAUCCAUGCCAUCGGGCGUCAACUACGUCCGCACUACGGAGAACUAUUAGUCGACUACUGCCGCUUCUGAAUUUGAUCAAUAAAUGCAAUAAAUUAUGUACAUUUAAACUUUA